AUGGCUCAAACGAUGUUGCUCAUGUCUGGUGUUUCUGGCAGCCGUGUGGUGGAUUUGAAGAGAGACCCUUUACUCAAAUUCCCAAGUUGCACCGCCAAAACCAAAGAUGGCAUCUUUGGCACCUCUGGGGUCAUUGGUUUCACCAAGCAGAAUGAGCUCUUUGUGGGUCGUGUUGCCAUGAUUGGCUUUGCUGCGUCCUUGUUGGGUGAAGCAAUCACUGGCAAAGGAAUUCUAGCACAAUUGAAUCUAGAAACUGGAAUUCCCAUAUAUGAAGCUGAGCCUCUUCUUCUCUUCUUCAUUCUUUUCACCCUGCUCGGAGCAAUAGGUGCUUUGGGUGAUCGUGGUAAAUUCGUCGACGACCCACAAACUGGAGGUGAUUUGCUUCUAGGACAUUUACUUUUACUAAAGAAACAGGGUCCACUAUUUGGAUUCACAAAGGCCAACGAGCUCUUUGUAGGAAGAUUGGCCCAGUUGGGUAUUGCUUUCUCUUUGAUUGGAGAAAUCAUUACCGGGAAAGGAGCUUUAGCACAACUAAACAUCGAGACAGGGAUUCCCAUCAGUGAGAUUAAGCCACUUGUGUUGUUCAAUGUUAUCUUCUUCUUCUUUGCUGCAUUGAAUCCUGGGACUGGUACAUUUGUUACAGAUGAGGAAGAUGAGUAG